AUUACUUAAUUGGAAAAUAAUUUUCAUUAACAGAAAUCCAUUGGUAUAAAGAAUUAUGUUCUGUUGUACAUAACCAUUAACUACGAUUGUGCGCGCCGAAUUAGUAUGCGUUUUAAUAUACUAUUAUUAUUCCUGCUAACAUCAGGCUGGAUCUGCUACGGAUAUGAUGCUGGCGUAUCACCUGGCGGGGAAAAGGAACAAGAUCCAAAUAACCCUAAAUACCAAAAAAUGGCUGAAGAAUUAGCACGUACCUACUUACAUAUAAAAGCAAAAAAUAUUAAGAAAGUAACAGUGCAUAAGGUUACGACACAGGAGGUUGAAGGGACCAUCACUAAAAUACAAUUCCAAAUUUUCCUGAUUAACGGUAAAUCGCCAAUAUGCAAUUCUAAAAUAUGGGAGAAAGAAUGGGAAAAACAAAAAUUUGUAACUUUUGAAUGUGAGUCGCCGCUUUUUUCGAAAAAACAACUAAGCAACAGAGUUAAUUCUCGACCCGGUCAGGAACGGGACCCUAAAAAUCCGAAAUAUCAAAAAUUAGCAAGCCUCUCUAUAAGCGAUUUUUUUGCCAUGCCAGGCGAAAGACCUUUUAAAAAAGAAGACGUAAAAAAAAUAACUGUAUCAAGGGCAAAAGUUAAGGUAGAUUCCAAAAUUAUGACUGUCCUAACUUUUGAUGUCAUUACUGUCAACAAUGAUCGUUACAAAUGUAAGAGCGUAGUUGUAGAAACACCAUGGGAAAAUAUAGACUCGACUAAAGUUACCGAUAUAGAUUGCGAUAUCACUACAGGAAAAAAACCAGACGAAACACAACUUCCUGAACUGGGACCGCCUCAAGAAGAAAAACCGGGCAAAACGCAACCUCCUGAACUCGAACCGCCUCAAGAUGAAAAACCAGACGAAACACAACUUCCUGAACUCGAACCGCCUCAAGAAGAAAAACCAGACGAAACACAACUUUCUGAACUCGGACCGCCUCAAGAAGAAAAAUCUGAACCGGGAGAGCCUGGUGAAAACGAACCGGAUAUCGACAGCCAAACUUUACCUCAAAAUAUUAACGAUCCUAUGGUCAUAAAAGAAGUACAGACAUCCGCUGCAAAAUACUUGCGAGAAAAGUACAGAAACAUUAUUAUUAAAAGGUUUAACAUGAUGAGUGUUAAUAAUAUAGCAACAAAGGCAGGUAGGGCUAAAAUUACUUACAUUAAUUUUAAUGUUACCUCUUCAGUCCGAACUAAAACAAGCAUUUUCAUAUGUACUUCAGUUUAUGAAACUCUGAAGAACACUUUAAAACAUAUUAGUCUAAAUUGUUAUGAAGAUCAAGGUAAAAAAAUCGGUGGAUUAAAAUGGACUGAUCCCUCCGAAAGGAAAUAUGUGGGUAUGGCCGAACAGGCCUUUGAGAAAUAUUGGAAGAACCGUAGUCCAUAUGGCAAAAAAGACACCAUUGUCACUUUUGUUACGUAUGGAGUGACUAAGGGUUAUGCAUAUAAGAUUAACUUCAUAGUGCGACCGUUGGGUCUUGCAUUACGUACAUUACCCCCUGUCCCAGAAAUGGAUUGUCAUUCUGAUAUUCUAGUAUUUCGAAAAACAAUUGUUAAAUCUGUUUCUUGUAAAAAUAAAGAUUCUGAAGGGCUAGACGAGAUAGAGAAGGAGAAAGAAAGUGACGGGGAAGAGGGUGUCCCUUUAGGCCAGUCGAAUGAAAACGAAGUAGGCGGCCAAGAACUUCAAAAUCCUAACGACGAUAAGUACAUACGCUUAGCGAAAGAAUCUUUCGAAAGGUAUCGUAAAUCACACAACAGGCUCAAAAUUCCCAUAAAAAAAUUUAAAAUUGACAAAGUAACCACACAAGUGGUAGCUGGAACAAUUAUACGCAUUGAUUUCCAUGUUGAGUCUCACGAAGGGCAGAUAAUUCCUUGUAAAUCACAAAUAUGGGAAAAAGUUGAUGACAAAUAUGAUUUUAACGUUACGUGUCAGUUGAAUGAGGUAAAUUUGGGUGGUGAACAACAACAAGAUCCUCAAGACCCAAAGUACCAACGUUUAGCGAAAGAAUCUUUUGAAAAGUAUCGAGAGAAACACCGGUCUCGAUUCUCAUCUGUUUCAGUUAAGAAGUUUAUAGUGACUAGAGUAACCACUCAAGUUGUUGCAGGACUAAUUACUCGACUCGAUUUCAAUGCAAUUCUUACCACAGGCAAACAAAUAUUAGAUUUUCAGUCAAUACAAUGCCAUUCGGAGAUUUUGGAACGGCCAAGGCAAAAACGUAAAACUAUUAACGUGAAAUGUGAACCAUUACCUAAUAAAAUGUUAUCUGGAACCGGCCCGAUAUAUGGCGGCGAAAUGAAUCAAGACCCUGGGGAUCCAAAGUACAAACGAUUGGCAGAAGAAUCUUUUAAAAAAUAUCGAAGGUCUCAUAAUUUACGUGAAUUUACACUUAAAGAACUUAGGGUGACUAAAGCUACCUCACAAGUAGUUUCAGGAGUAAUUAUUCGAAUCGAUUUUAAGGCAAUUCCUACCAAAGGCAACGCGUUACAAUGCCAUUCUGAGAUAUUGGAACAACCAUGGCUAAAAAACAAAAAUAUUGAAGUGAAAUGUGUACCAUUUUUGAAUAAAAAGUUAUCUGGAACCAGCCAGAUAGAUGGCGGCGAAAUGAAUCAAGACCCUGGCGAUCCAAAGUACAAACGAUUGGCAGAAGAAUCUUUAAAAAAAUAUCGAAUGGCUCAUAAUUUACGUCUAUUUACACUUAAAGAACUUAGGGUGACUAAAGCUACAUCACAAGUAGUUUCAGGAGUAAUUAUUCGAAUCGAUUUUAAGGCAAUUCCUACCAAAGGCAACGCGUUACAAUGCCAUUCUGAGAUAUUGGAACAACCAUGGCUAAAAAACAAAAAUAUUGAAGUGAAAUGUGUACCAUUUUUGAAUAAAAAGUUAUCUGGAACCAGCCAGAUAUAUGGCGGCGAAAUGAAUCAAGACCCUAGCGAUCCAAAGUACAAACGAUUCGCAGAAGAAUCUUUUAAAAAAUAUCGAACGUCUCAUAAUUUACGUGAAUUUACACUUAAAGAACUUAGGGUGACUAAAGCUACCUCACAAGUAGUUUCAGGAGUAAUUAUUCGAAUCGAUUUUAAGGCAAUUCCUACCAAAGGCAAAGCGUUACAAUGCCAUUCUGAGAUAUUGGAACAACCAUGGCUAAAAAACAAAAAUAUUGAAGUGAAAUGUGUACCAUUUUUGAAUAAAAAGUUAUCUGGAACCAGCCAGAUAUAUGGCGGCGAAAUGAAUCAAGACCCUAGCGAUCCAAAGUACAAACAAUUCGCAGAAGAAUCUUUAAAACAAUAUCGAACGUCUCAUAAUUUACGUGAAUUUACACUUAAAGAACUUAGGGUGACUAAAGCUACCUCACAAGUAGUUUCAGGAGUCAUUAUUCGAAUCGAUUUUAAGGCAAUUCCUACCAAAGGCAACGCGUUACAAUGCCAUUCUGAGAUAUUGGAACAACCAUGGCUAAAAAACAAAAAUAUUGAAGUGAAAUGUGUACCAUUUUUGAAUAAAAAGUUAUCUGGAACCAGCCAGAUAGAUGGCGGCGAAAUGAAUCAAGACCCUAGCGAUCCAAAGUACAAACGAUUCGCAGAAGAAUCUUUAAAAAAAUAUCGAACGUCUCAUAAUUUACGUGAAUUUACACUUAAAGAACUUAGGGUGACUAAAGCUACCUCACAAGUAGUUUCAGGAGUAAUUAUUCGAAUCGAUUUUAAGGCAAUUCCUACCAAAGGCAACGCGUUACAAUGCCAUUCUGAGAUAUUGGAACAACCAUGGCUAAAAAACAAAAAUAUUGAAGUGAAAUGUGUACCAUUUUUGAAUAAAAAGUUAUCUGGAACCAGCCAGAUAUAUGGCGGCGAAAUGAAUCAAGACUCUAGCGAUCCAAAGUACAAACGAUUCGCAGAAGAAUCUUUUAAAAAAUAUCGAACGUCUCAUAAUUUACGUGAAUUUACACUUAAAGAACUUAGGGUGACUAAAGCUACCUCACAAGUAGUUUCAGGAGUAAUUAUUCGAAUCGAUUUUAAGGCGAUUCCUACCAAAGGCAACGCGUUACAAUGCCAUUCUGAGAUAUUGGAACAACCAUGGCUAAAAAACAAAAAUAUUAAAGUCAAUUGUCAGUCAGUCCUUCUAAACUAAGGCUAUCUCAAUCUGUCAGCAAAAGCAAAAGCUUAAUAAAUACAGCAAUUACCGAUUACUUUAAUACUAAGGGAUGGACAGUUAAAGAGAGCGAGAUUAGGGGUUUAGGUAAAAUACGGACACGUCUUGGUAAAGAAACUAUUCGUUAUUAUAAAGUAGACGUAUUCGCAUCCGAGGAGAACGGUGGUGGUUCCAGUUAUUACAAUUGCACUGUAGUUUUUGGUACACGAAAUAAAUUGAUUGACCAGAUCCCAAUCGGCGUAAAUUGUAUUAAAAAACUUAUCUUAAAGGUAGAACUGAUUGGGUAGAUCCUACUAGUAAAAAGAUAAGAUAUUUAAUAUUGGGGUCAAGAGCGCUAAAAGAAUACAUGAGAACUUCUAAAAAUGGUAUAAGAGGAAAGUUUGACAUCGUUGUUACUUUUGUUAGCAGUAGUUUAGCCGCGGGUAGAUGGUUUAACAUAAAUUUCGUCGUUCGACCGCUAAAUGCGGAUGUUGAUGAACUAAAGUGCUACACAAGAGUUUGGCAAGACUUAAAGGGAUAUUAGAAAAUAAAAAAAGUAAAUUGUGUUAAGAAUACAACUGGAUAAUACAAGCCAGAAAUUGUACAACGUGUUAACAGUAGAGUCGCUGCGUAAUAUAUUAACUUUUUGAUGAAAUUUCUCCGCCCUUUAUCAUUUAUACAGAUCCAGGUACCUAUGUACAUAUUUGCAAUACCCUGUACGAGGUGCGGAAUUGUAGACACCAUUAUGAAUGCUUUCAUUAUGCAUGAUUUCAUUCAUUCACUUCAUGCAAUUUUGCGACCGAGUGUACAAAGUAUACCUAUUUGUAAACGUUAUCAUUGCCUUUGUCAUCAGACGUUGUAGGUACUGUACGUGUUUUAAGAAUCAUAUAACCAAAUGAGGAGUGGUUUUUGUUUUUGGAAUAAAUAAAAGAGUUUUCAAUCGAAA